AUGAUGAAGUACAAGCUGGUUUUGACUCUGCUCAUCGCGGCUCUGUGGCGGGUCAGCGCAGAACCUCAAACUCUCUCCUCUCCCGCGAUGCAGUUAAACGCGACAUCCUCCUCCUCAUCAUCAUCUUCAUCAUCCCUCCUCAGCGAACACGGAGUGACCAACGUGACGGACGAUGCGGUGGGAUCCCGCAUCUCCUCUCUGAUGACGCAUCUGCCAACUCUGAAAAACAUUGUUAUUUUCAUCUGCGUGUUGACAGCUGCUCUCAUCACGUGUCUGGUCAUCAAAGUGAUCAGAUCAGGAAGACGGAUCAGAAAAACGAGAAAAUAUGAUAUCAUAACGACGCCUGCAGAACGUGUGGAGAUGGCUCCGCUCAAUGAGGAGAACGACGAUGAGGACGACUCAACACUCUUUGAUAUCAAAUACAGGUGAAUCCCGGCAUGGACGUGCAUAUCUGAUACCUCCCGUUUUGCGCAGGACAACUCAAGUGGUUCCCUUUAUUUUUAUUUUUUCUGUGGUCAAGUCUAACCAAAUCAUUCUUAAUAUGCUACUUGUGCAUGUCUUUAAUCUGUGUUUAAAAGACUGGAGCCCCCUGGAUAACAUUGUUUGC